AUGACUGUGGAAGUAUUGGGCAAAUUGCGAUGGUUAGAAACGGAGGAUAUUUAUGUUACUAUCAAGGCUCGGCCUGGUGUAGGCGCUGUUUUCAGCGGCAAUAACAAGGGUGGUGUCUGGAUUUACGAUGUUUUCCGAUAUGUCUCUAACGGUGGUCCUCAUCCCAAGUUUGACAUACCGCCUAUCAAGGUAAGACUUUAA